CUGACACGGCAUUUCUGGUCAAAGAUCACGAACAUGCGGCUGCUUCUCGUUGUCGCGGUAUGGACGGCCGUCAUGGUCGAUGCAGCGGCAAAAAGCACCCCUGACUCGUGGAGACACAUCCCUGCCAUGCUUAGCCAGAGAAUCCAAGCAACAUCCCGAACCGUGUCGGAACACAUUCGCUCCAAAGUCGUCCCAGCGUCGUCCCCGAUUGACGUGUUCGCACAGUCCUCUCUGACAUCUUGCACACUCGAUACCAACCCAACGUGCUCACGACCGAACGAUCUUGCAUACGGCAAUAUUUUGUAUCACAUCGAGCAAAGCUCGGACGCUGCAGCAGAAUCCGCGCUAGCCGCCGCCCUCUCUUACUUUUUCAUGACGCGAACAGAUGUGACCCUCGAAUCCGCCACGAUCCUCCAACUGGACGUGACAAAGGAUGGGAUCCACCCGUGGGAAGUCGUUGCGUACAACUAUAUCAACUCGGACGCGACGUCGUCGUUCCAUCUUCGCGUGAACCAUGGCGUCAACUUUCACCUGACCUUCGUAACGAAAGCGGCCCCGGUCACUCGCCACCGCGCUGUCGUGCAUCUAAAUACCCUAGAGCACUCUUAUGCGGUCCUCGAACACACGUAUGCCCCGCUGCAGGCGCCUGCCACGUCCUCCUUUGCACCGGGAGCACCUGACACGCCAAAGAUUGCAUCGUACAACGUUUGGAAUGUGAAUCCGCCGGAAGCCGUCUACGGUCGGUCCAAUCGGUGGCACAUGUACACCAAGCGGAUGGAUCACUUGGUUUCGAUUUUGCGCGAAGUGAAUGCAGACAUCGUGGGCCUGCAAGAGGUCCGAGUCGACAGCACAUUUGGGCCCGUUGGCCAUCACGCGCAGAUCGAGCAUAUCAUGGAGCGCCUUGGCACAGCGUACCAGUACGUGUACCGUCCGGCGAUGGCGUACACGAACGACCAAAACCCCCUCGAGCAUGUCGAGGAAGGGCCGGCUAUUUUAUCGAAACACCCGAUCGUCGCAUCCGACUACAUCCUUCUAUCUCGUGUGGUGGACGACCCGAACGAUGCGCACCAGCGACUGUGUCUGCAUGCUGUGGUGCGCGACCUUGCGACCGGCAUUCCAAGAUGCUGACGGCGAUGUGUAGAUCGACGUGCCACAGUGGGGCCUCGUCGACGUGUACGCGACGCAUUUGUCUUUGAGCGAGCGGUCCCGAGAGCAAACGAUGGUCCAAGUGUGGGAGUACAUUCAACAAGGCGUAGGGGUGACGCAGGUGCUGUUGGGCGAUCUCAACGCAGAGCCGCAGUCGAAUGGAAUUCAGUUCCUUCAGGGGAAGGCGACCCUCCACGGCCACCGCACCAACCUCGUCGACGCGUGGUUACACGUCCACAAAGACGAGCCGACCCCCAAUUCCAAGCGCCCGUUCGACAUCCAACACGCGUUCACGUUUCCCAGCGACGACCCCGUCAAGCGCAUCGACUUUGUCUUGUCCCGCGGCAAAGGUCGCGCUGUGCGAUGCGAUGUCUUUGGACAAGCGCCGACGUCCGACACGGCAAAUUUUCCCAAGGACAACGGCAUGCUCAGCCAAGAUGGAGACAGCCCCGUGUACGCCUCGGACCACCGUGGCGUCGUAGCGACCUUUGCUGCGUAAGGCAAAUCUGUUGUGGCUCGCGUCGACGUCGCCUUGGACUUUGUUCAAGUGGUAAUCGAUUAUAAUCAGAGAGAAGGGGCGUUCACGCUUGAGCGAUCAUGCAGGUAGGUCUGGCUCAUGGGCUAUUCUGCUGUGGAGGAGGAUUGUCUGGUGAGGCGGGCGGCAACCCGCUGAACGUGCUGUUCAUGUUGCGCCAGCUGACGUUCCAAGCGCUGUCUCUCGCGCUCUUUUCGGGCGGCCUCGCGGAGUUCCUUCUGGGCAAUUUGAUGGGGUGUCUCGCCUCGCAGGGCGAGAUCGAUGUGAUGCAUCACAGAUUGCAUCGUGUCGAGUUCGUGCUGGACGUCUACUUCGGCGUCGGCUUCGAGGACUUCGACGUCUUUGAUAGCCUUGGCGACUGUCGCUGCAGGAGUCCAGGAAGCGUGUGGAGAGGAAGGGCUUGAUGGAAUGUCGGCGUGACUGUGUGCAGAAGAUGGAGAUGCCGGUAGUGACGACAGAUCUGGAAUCCGUUCGUCAGAACUUGCGGUGACCUCUAAACCAGGAGAUGUUGGGUAAAGCACUGGCGCGGAUGUCGAAACGCCGGAAUAGCUGGACGCGGCAAACGUCAUGUCGUUUCGCGACGGCGCUGGAAUCGCAGGAGUGUCUGUGAUCACUGGGGCUGUCGUUGCAUAUGUCGGCGCCGGGUAGUCUACGUGGCAAUGAUACAGCAACUUUGCAGGGCACAUGCGCUACUCACGGAUUGAGCAAGCAUUAAGCGAAGGGUAUUUCGGAACGGAAGCUGGCCCUGACAAGGACGGAGACAGGAAUGGGCACGUUGAGGUGGUUGCGUCCGGUGCAGUAGACUGUUGGAAGGAAGGAUACGAUGAUGGAGGUUUUCCCGUUGGUAGAUCGUGGAGAGACGGGUAUCGUAUCGGUAUAGACGCAUUGAAAGCGCGAGGAGGCGUCAUGGGCCGGUCAAACUCGGCCAUCAAGGCGUCGGCGGCGUCGUCUUCGACUGUCGCCAUGGUGGGCACGAAGUUUG